AUGUCAAAGUCCUUCUCAUCCCCUCCACUCGACGACCACGGAGCGGGCGCCGUGGUCACGAGCCGUUUCAAGCACGUCGUUACCGACGAAGGCCAUGCCAUCAUCACUGGUCGCGACGGCCAGUUUCUUCGCUGCGAGGACGAACCGAUCCAGGCCCCGGAGCGGUCCAGCCCUUUGGCGUUCUCUUUUCUUGACAUAUUUAACGAGGAGCACCAGGAAACCCUCUCUGCGCACAUCGACUUUGUCCGCGAGGAGUCUGCCGAUUUUUCGCUCAGCGGGCCCGAGAUCUUUAUCAUCUGGUCCAAGUCGCCCGAGGGAAAGUCCAUCAAGCAUUGGUGCGCUAUCCACAUCAACUCUGCCCACCCCGACCUAAACACACUGUUCCACAACUAUACCCCGGAAGAGUUGCGGGAAAGCACCGAGAUCCAGAGCAAGCCGCUCCGCUUGCCCCAGCGAAAACGUCCUGGCCGGAGCACCGAUGGCGGCUUUGAAAUCUUGGACCUCAUGAGCCAAAUCCAGGACCAGAUGGCCGAGGCGACCAAUCUGACCCACUUCCUCAAGGUCCUCGUCGGCAUAGUCAAGGAUCUGACCGGGUAUCAUAGGGUCAUCGUCUACCAGUUCGAUUCUCAAGCUAAUGGCAAGGUUGUCGCGGAGCUUGUGGACCCAGCCCACACCGCCGAUCUCUACUACGGACUGCACUUCCCCGCCGCCGACAUACCGAAGCAGGCCCGCGACCUCUACAAAAUCAGCAAAACCCGCCUUCUCCACGACAGGGAUUUGGAGAGCGCCAGGCUCGUCUGCCGGAGCCAGGAUGAUCUCAUCACCCCUUUGGACAUGUCCUACUGCUACCUCCGUGCCAUGUCCCCAAUCCACCUCAAGUAUCUCGCCAACAUGGAAGUGCGCGGAUCCAUGUCCAUCUCGCUCAAGGUCUUUGGGGACCUGUGGGGUCUCGUCUCCUGCCACUGGUUCGGCGAACACGGCAUGCGAAAUCCUUUCCCCGUCCGGAAAAUGUGCCGGCUCAUCAGCAAUGUGGCCUCCCGGAACAUUGAACGGCUCUCGUACGCGUCCUCUCUCCAGGCCCAGAAACUCAUCAACUCGCAUUUGGUGGAUAAGAAUGCCUCCGGAUACCUUGUGGCGUCUUCGGACGAUCUGCUCCAGCUCUUUGACGCCGACUUUGGCGUUAUUUCGAUUCUUGGGGAGACGAAAGCGCUCGGAAAAAUCACCCAAUCCCAGGAAGCGCUGGCGAUGCUCGAGUACCUGCGUCAACGCAAAUUCUCGGAUGUCAUCUUCUCGGAUGAUAUCUCGUCGUAUUUUAAAGAUCUCCAUUAUUCUCCUGGAUUUUCUGUUAUUGCGGGCCUCUUAUAUGUGCCGCUUAGCGUGGACGGCGACGGCUUCAUCGCCCUUUUCAGGAGGGGCCAGAGCCAGGAGGUCAAAUGGGGAGGCAAUCCAAACGAGAAGCAUAUGCGGGCCGGGGUUCCGGGGCUGCUAGAGCCGCGCACCAGCUUCAAGUUGUGGCGGGAGAUCAUUCACGGUAAGAGUCGGGAGUGGACCAGCGACCAGGUUGAGUUGGCUCGCGUUUUAUGUGUCGUCUAUGGGAGAUUUAUCCAGGUCUGGCGGCAACAGGAGGCGACUGUGCAGAAUACACGGCUCACGAAGCUGCUCCUCGCGAACUCGGCCCACCAGGUUCGAACACCGCUCAACGCCAUCAUCAACUACCUAGAGAUUGCCCUUGAAGGCACACUCGACCAAGAGACCAGGGACAACCUAGCCCAGUCGCAUUCCGCGUCCAAGUCUCUCGUGUACGUGAUUAACGACCUGCUCGACCUCGCCAAGGCCGAGGAAGGCCAGGUACUGUCCAAAGAGGAGAUUUUUGAUCUUCCCGCCUGCAUUCGCCUGGCUGUCGAUUCGUUCGUCGUCGAUGCUCGCCGCAAGAACCUCCAGUACAUUGUGGAAGAGGACCCCAGCGUACCGCCGCAGGUGUACGGGGACAAGUCGCAGCUCAGGCAGGCCAUCUCCAACGUUAUCGCCAACGCCAUUCAGUACACCGACAGCGGGUUUGUCCGAGUGGAGUCGUUUGUCGCUGAGGCGGCAAGCGGCAAGGUUCGCCUAGAAGUUGCGGUCCAAGAUUCAGGUGUUGGAAUGACGACAGACGAGAUGGAUGGGCUUUUCCAUGACCUUGAGCAGGUAAAUAACGGAGAGACCGAGGGUCCAUUGAACGAAAUCUCGGAUCGGAAAAUGCACAAGCUCGGCCUUGGCCUGGCCGUGGUGGGCCGCAUCGUCCGAAACAUGAAUGGCCAACUUCGAGUUAGGUCAACAGUCGGCCAGGGCUCCUGCUUCGUGCUGCAGUUGUCUUUCGACACCCCAGAUGAAGAAGAAGAAGUGGUGGAAGGGGGUGACGACCGCGAUGAAAUCAUGUCGGAUAUUCACGACCAGCGGCCAGUUGCGUCAGUCACCCUAGCCCAGCAGCGGCUCAGCGCCCGACCCGGACCCGAAGACACGCCAAAGGCGCCCACGCGUCAACUGUCUACCCUUCUCGAAGUCGAGCCCACCUCCGGAUUCGCAGCCGCGUCAUCGCCACCUCCAGAAGGCCCCCGCCCCUACACUAGCCCGGCGUGGCCCCUCUUGACUCAAAUCAUACCACCACCGCAGGAAACGGUUUUCCAGAGCAUCGAGGAGGAUUUAUCCGCUUCCAGGGUCUCCGUAGAAGAGAUUAGGUCUUCUCCAGACGUGAACAGCGCCGGGACGACAGGCCUUCGGAUCCUCAUCGCCGAGGACGAUCCCAUCAACAUCAAGGUGUUGCGCAAACGUUUGGAAAAGGUCGGCCACCAAAUCCAUCAUGCGGUGAAUGGCGAGGACUGUGCGAUGGUGUAUGGCCAAAGCUCGCCGCAGUUUGACGUCAUCUUGAUGGACAUGCAGAUGCCCAUUAUGGACGGUCUCACCAGUACGCAAACGAUCCGCGGCUGGGAAAAGAGCCCAAACGCGCUUGGUCUUUCCCGCCUCGCAAGCCGCAAUGGGCAAAUACCAAUAUUUGCCGUAUCGGCGUCUCUUGUGGAGGAGAAGAAGGACUUGUAUCUCAAAGCGGGGUUUGACGGAUGGAUACCCAAACCCAUCAAUUUUGUUCGUCUUCAGUUGCUGCUUUCGGGCAUAGCAAAUGAAGAAACCCGACUCAAGUGUCUAUACACCCCUGGCCAGUGGGAGGGCGGAGGCUGGUUUCGACCAAGUCCUGGUGAAGGAGAAGCGCUUUAA